ACUCUGUUCGGUCCUUUUCCGGCCGAGAAUUACCGGUGUACAGAACACGUUGUCUCAGCGAACCAGAGAUUCUGUACAAAAUGGGCUUUGGAGACCUCAAAAAGAAGGAAGGCUUAACAGCACUCAAUGAAUACCUAGCAGAUAAAAGUUAUAUCGAAGGGUUCCAGCCCUCUCAGGCAGAUGGUGUUGUGUUUAACGCCCUCUCUGGUUCUCCGUCGGCUGAUCUAGUGAAUGCCCUCCGUUGGUAUAACCACAUUAAAUCCUAUGGAGCUGCCAGAUCUUCGUUCCCAGGGCAGAAGAAAGAUCUUUCCAGCUACGGAUCGGCAGGAAGUGGCACGCCUGCAGCAUGCGACGACGAUGACGACGACGACAUCGAUCUAUUUGGAUCUGAUGACGAAGACGCCAAAGCAGAGAGGGAAAAACGUCUUCAACAAUAUCAAGAGAAGAAGUCUAAGAAACCAGCCUUAAUCGCCAAAAGCAGUCUUAUACUGGACGUUAAGCCCUGGGACGACGAAACUGACAUGGCAGAAUUGGAGAAGUCCGUACGAAGCAUUGUGGCUGAUGGACUUUUAUGGGGAGCAUCUAAACUAGUUCCUUUUUUGACUUGUAGCUAAACUAGUUCCUUUUUUGGCUUGUAGCUAAAUUAGUUCCUUUUUUGAAUUGUAGCUAAACUAGUUCCUUUUUUGAAUUGUAGCUAAAUUAGUUCCUUUUUUUAAUUGUAGCUAAAAUAGUUCCCUUUUUUUGACUUGUAGCUAAACUAGUUCCUUUUUUGACUUGUAGCUAAACUAGUUCCUGUUGGAUAUGGCAUUAAGAAACUCCAGAUCACUGCAGUUAUUGAA